AUGUUCACCAUGUUGGGACAUAAGCCACACUCGGUGCAGAAACGCAUGGUAUCAAACCUCUAUUCCAAAUCUUAUUUGCAGAGCUCCAAAGAUCUGCAGGCUAUUUCAGAUUGCUUGUUCUUCGAUCGGUUCCUGCCGAUAAUGCACGAGGUUGAUGAGCACGGUGGGGAGAUGGAUGUGUUGGAUUUCAUGCAGGCUGUGGGCAUGGAUUUCACCUCUGCUUAUCUUUUCGGCUUGUCCAAUGGCACCGAUUUUAUGAAUGACGCCGCAUAUCGGCGUCACUGGCUCGAAGAGUUCAAGACCUUCAAGGUCCGGCUUCCGCAAGAACGUGCAGGUGGGGAGAUCGAAAGGUGGUGCCUCUCAAUGUGUGAAGCUGCGGAGCGCUUCAUGAACUCGGAGAAAGUGAGGGACGGACCACUAGAAACACAGCCUGUGGUCUACGGACGCUUGGCCCAUUCUCUCCGAGAAGCCGCCCAGUCUGACGCCCCCAGCUUGAAACCCACCAUGAUGACCGCGGCUUCGGAAAUGCUGGACCACCUGGUAGCCGGGCACGAAACUUCCGGCAUCGCCCUCACAUACCUCAUGCACGAACUCUCCCAGCGCCCCGACCUGCAGGACCACCUCCGCCGCGAACUCCUCACCCUCAGCCCUCCGCUUCUCAACCCGGCACGUGACGACGGAGCCAACGCAAACGCGGGACGGUGUCUCCCCUCCCCGCGCUCCAUCGACGCCCUUCCCCUCCUCAACAACAUCCUCCAGGAAACCCUCCGUCUCUACGCCCCCGCGCCAGCCCAACAGCCGCGCCUCACCCCUUUCUCUCCCAACGGCACGACCAUCGACGGCUACGGCAAGAUCCCGGGCGGCGUCAGGGUCAGCGCGAACCCGUACUGUCUGCACCGCAACGCGGCCGUGUUCCCGGCGCCGGAGAAGUGGGUCCCGGAGCGGUGGGAUGUGGGGGGUGAGGAGGGGGAGGAGAUGAGGAGGUGGUUCUGGGCUUUUGGCAGUGGGGGAAGGAUGUGUUUGGGGAGUCACUUCGCACUUCAAGAGAUGAAAUUGGUCGUUGCGGCGGUUUAUACGAAUUGGACGACGGAGAUUGUGCAUGGUGGGGGCAUGGAGCAGGCGGAUACGUUCAUUUCGGGUCCUGUGGGGGAGAAGUGCGUGUUGAGGUUUAAACGUGUUUGA